AAACUCUCCGGUCCUAUCUUAGACGUACCGAUCGCAUUGCCUGCCUUGCGCCUGCCUUGGUUAUGGUAUUAUCGUCUACAAUAGAGUAGCCAAGGAUCUUCUCCUCCUUUCCAGCGCUUUUCAGAUAAAAGGAGCGUUUUUUCUCUCCAGAUACUUGGAAUUGACAAUGCCCCCGUCCUUGGACUCGAAGCUUGACCACAAAGACUACUCGGAUAUCGAGUCCAAAGUCCCCGACGUUGCUUAUGGUCUCGAUGGAGAACCCAGUCAUAACAUCGAGGAUUAUUACAGGUUCGAUCCCAAGGUGGAGCGGAGGGUCGUUCGGAAGCUCGAUACGAGACUUAUGCCGCUCAUCUUCUGCAUGUACGUCUUCAACGCCAUCGACAGGUCAAAUUUAGGCAAUGCAAAGACGGACGGACUGGAGAGCGACUUACACUUCCAUGGGAAUGACUAUUCGAUUAUGCUUUCAUUGUUUUACAUACCAUUCUGCACCCUUACCAUCCCGGCGAUCGCACUCUCAAAGAAGAUCGGGGCCAAAGUGGCGCUCCCACUCUAUAUGUUCACUUUUGGCGGAAUAUGUAUGGCAAACGCUGCGGUCAAGAACUUUGCUGGCUUUCUGAUGGUGCGGCUAUUCCUUGGUGCAGCAGAAUCUGGGUUUGCUGUCACCAUCGUCUGGUAUCUGACUACUUUUUACACGCGUGGUGAACUUGGAAAGCGUGUCGCCAUGUUCUAUUCAGCGCUUGCUUUUGCGGGCGGAUUCUCUGGGCUGAUCGCAUACGGGGUGUUCCAGCCGGAUAUCCGUCUUUAUGGUUGGCAGCUACUCUUCCUCGUCGAAGGCGCUGGAACUGUCUUCUUUUCCAUCUUGGCAAUAUUCAUCCUACCCGCUAAUAUCGACUCGACGCCCUUUUUCUCGUCAGAGGAAAAGCAUGUUGCACGGAUACGUAUUCUCCGUGACUCAUCUGCAGUCAUCAACCCAAAGUUCACCUCUCAAGCGUUCUUCGCUCCCCUCAAGGACUGGAAGCUCUAUGUCUGGGCGUUGAUCGCCAUCGGUUAUGGAGUAUCUGCUGUCUCGACUGGGAUAUUUCUCCCUCAGAUCAUUGGACGAAUGGGAAAGAGCGAGUUGACGACGAAUCUGCUCACCGUCGCACCCAACUUUGUCGGUGGGUUUGGUAUGCUACUCACAGCAGCCUCGUCGGAUUAUUUCCGAGAACGGUCGUUGCAUAUGGCUGGUGCGAUGACUGUAACGAUGAUCGGCUUCAUCAUCCUUUAUGUUGUUGAUGUAUCGAAUACUGGUAUUCAGUACUUCGGUUCCUUCCUAUUGUGUCUUGGAGCGUUCACGCCUUCGGCCAUGUUCCAAUCAUGGCAUAAUUGCAACGAUGCAUCCGAAGUUGGACGCGGUUUCCGUACGGCACUCAUGGCUUUCUUCGUAAAUUCUUCUGGUCUUAUUGCUUCCAAUAUCUUCACGGCGAAAGAAGAGCCCUACUACAACACCGCCCUCGUAGUCAACUUUAGCUUCCUCGCUGUGGGCAUAAGCAUCGUUCUCAGCUUGCGUACGUAUAUGAUGGUUGACAAUAGGCGGAGGAACACGGCUCAAGGUGUGAACUGGUCGAGCAAAGACGUGCCGACGGCGGCGCUCGCUGUCGGCGUGGCGAGCCCAGAGUUUAGGCAUUUCCUUUAACGAAGGACGUUGGUUG